ACGGUCACGUGCCGUCAAUGCGAACUGUUUUCAGGCUUGCAAUGCAACCCCUCGCGAAGUACGCAUCUGAGACCGACCGACCCCGCUCGCCUCCAGCUCACCGCCCCUGCACCCCGACCACCCCUCCGGCGGCCGCACCGGCGCCACCGUGCUCGGCCAGGGCUCCGGCGACGCCUCCCCCUAGCGAGAGAGCGAGGCAUCCGCGCCGCCUGGAGGGCCCCAGGUCGGUUUGGGAGGAAGGUGGAGAUGGUGUUCGUGUGGCUCACCGCGUUCUUCCUCGUCGUCGCGCUCAUCGUGCUCGUCAUCUACCAGUUGAUGUGCUUGGCAGAUUUAGAGUUUGAUUAUAUCAACCCGUUUGAUUCAUCCUCUCGGAUAAAUAAGGUGGUUAUGCCAGAAUUCGUAUUGCAAGUACUUCUGAGCGUACUGUUCCUCAUAUCUGGGCAUUGGGCGAUGUUCUUGAUUUCUGCCCCAAUGGUGUACUACAACUAUACUUUGUACCAGCGGCGGCAACAUUUAGUAGAUGUGACGGAGAUAUUUAAUCAACUUGGUCGUGAGAAGAAGCGCCGUCUUUUUAAGAUAGUUAGUCUCAUCGUUCUGCUAUUCCUGUCCUUGUUCUGGAUGAUCUGGAGUGUAUUGUCGGAGGAGGAUGAAUAGGCUGAAAAAAUUGAUAUGGUAGCUCAUUCUGGUCUUUCAAUCUUUAGUUAGGUAACACCGCACAAGAGUGCCCAUGGCAGGCUGAAUAUCUGCUGCCCAUUUCUGGUUCAGUGAGGCAAAUAGAGAACAUGCCUCAAACAGUAAGAUUGGCGUGCCAUGCCUAGCUGUUUGUUCAACCCAGUGAAGCUCCUGCUGUCAUAGCAUGCGUCAUGUGUAUCAUGAGCGACUCCCGCUAUUUGUUGAAUUGGAUUGUGCAUCAGCUGUCACGGGGCAAAGGAGUACUGCAAGUUCCACAGAUUUGUGCAUAAGUUUGAUAUGUCCCUUUUUUCCCCUAA